AUGAUAACACUGCGGCUACUAAGACGCCGUCCGACAGGUCAGAUUGGCCAGUAUGCCGAGGUGGAAAGAAGUUUCAGUCCAGAAGAAGUAAAGCUAUUUGGCUCGUUGGUGAAGGACCAAAACUUUUUACACGAAUCAGUACCCUGGAGUGACGAUAUUGAGACCAUGCAAGCCUCCUUUCCCAUCACGAAAGCUCACAUUAGUGAAGGGCUAGUGAUACGAGAUCAGAAAUCAGACACAGAGAUGACACGUCCACUGGUGCAGGGAAUCUUGCUGUCCAGCAUGUUUUCUUCCAUUUUCGCCGGUCUCGUCCCAGGUUGUGUCUACAUAAACCAGACACUCUCCUUUGCAUCUCCAGUGUUUGCCAAUGAACUAGUCAAGAGUCGUGUGACAAUCGAGAAACUUCGACGGUGGCCAAAGGGAGGGAUCGUGGUCCAAUGCGAGACACAAAUCCAAAAAGCUGAGGAUGAGACGAUAGCAAUCAAGGGAACAGCAAAUGUCUGGCUUCCACAAGGACACCGCAAAGCAAAUUAG